UCAAAGCUCUUUCUGAACUCUAUGACUAUUGCAUGACUUGACCGAGGAAAAUCACCUGGUCAGAGUCCAACACUUUUACGUUGGAAAAAUCAGCGACAGUAGGCGAGAAAGUUGCACACGGAGAGGGGUUCUUGUUGAUCUAUUCCUUUGUCGUCUUCUCACGCUAAGGCUGGGGGACUUUUCCCGGAGGCGAAGAAGAAGCGGGCAACUUGGGCUGUCCCCUGCCCGGCCUUGAGAAGGCAACAAUCCCAGCCUUGUGACGAAAUCCAGCUCUCCAACCUUCCCAGCCACCAACCACAAUCCUCGCCUUAAAAAAAAAUCCCGAUCAGCCUGUUUGGUGCCUUGCGCCCAGCGCCUGCCUUCCUCUCCUUCCUCUAACAAAAGGUGAUCUCCCCACUGUGGUUUCAAGGCGGUGCCACCUGUACGGACCAGCGCACAGGUCUUCUGCUCUGGAGGUGAAGAUGGCGUGGCUCACCCACUUCCUGGCGUGCAUUUUUGGCACCGGUUCCUGGGUGGCCAUCAACGGCGUUUGGGUUGAGCUUCCCCUGUUGGUCAACGAAUUGCCUGAAGGCUGGUAUCUUCCUUCCUACCUCACCAUCAUCAUCCAACUGGCCAAUCUCGGGCCUCUCUUCGUCACCCUCAUGCACAAACUGAAGCCUGGGUUGUUGAAGGAGGUGCCGGUGAUUUGCGUGGUGGUCUCCGUGGGCAUCCUCGCUCUCUUCCUCCUGGCUUUCCUUUGGCAUUACACCACGCCGGUCGCUGGAGAACCUCACAGCGUGUCUUUCUUUGUCCUCACCUUUUUCCUCUCGCUGGUGGACUGCACCUCGUCCGUCACCUUCCUGCCUUUCAUGGCUCGCUUCCACCCACGGUACGUCCCCACCCUCUUCAUCGGGGAAGGGCUCAGUGGCUUCAUCCCAGCUCUCUUCGCCCUGGCUCAGGGCGCCGGCAUUGCCACCUGCGUCCAGGUCCCAGGGCCGACCUUCAACGCCAGCCUGGGCAACUCUUCGUGGGCCAACGGCACAGGAGCUGGGGACUCUCUGCCUAUGGAGACACGCUACUCUCCGGCCAACUUCUCCAGCCUGGUCUUCUUCCUCCUCCUCUCGGCCAUGAUGUCCUUCUGCCUGGUGGCCUUCGUCUUCCUCAACUGGCAGCCCCAGUCGUGGGACCUUUCCAGGCAGGAUUUAUGCUCCAGCGAGAUCACCCUGAACUCGAUCCAGAAGUUUCCCGCGGGCAAGGAGGAACCGGACGACUCGACGGGAGGCCCAACCUACUCUACGGAGAGAAAGGUGGAGAACGUCAAUGAAGAGGGCCCAGGGGGCGAGAAGGUCCUGUAUUCCGGCUCCAAAUUGGUCUUCAUCUAUUUCCUCAUCACUUGGCUGAAUGCCCUGACCAACGGCAUCCUGCCCUCCGUGCAAAGCUACUCCUGCUUACCUUACGGCAACCUGGCGUACCAUCUGGCGGCCACCUUGAGCUCCAUGGCCAACCCUCUCGCCUGCACCGUGGCCACCUUCCUACCCAACAGGUCUCUUCUCUUCCUGGGGAUCCUGACGGCUGCAGGAACUGCCUUUGGGGUCUACAACAUGGCCAUGGCUGUGCUGAGCCCCUGCCCCCUCCUGCAGCACUCCAACUGGGGAGUUGCCCUGAUUGUGAUCUCCUGGGUGUCCUUCACCGGAACCCUCACCUACGUCAAGGUGAUGCUAGGGAUGAUCCUUCGCAGCUGCAGCCACAGUGCCCUGGUCUGGUACGGUGCGGUGGAGCAGCUGGGGUCUCUGCUCGGAGCUGUGCUGAUGUUCCCCCUGGUGAACGUUUACCACUUCUUCCAAUCGGCUGACUUCUGCAGUUUCCAGUGCCCGGCGUGACGUGCCGGGAUCCGAGCAGGGAACCUUGCCAAGCAUGCCAACCACGUGCAUGAUGGGAAAUAUCACUCAGGAAUAGUCACCCC